ACAACAUUUUGAGUUUUUUUGAAUUUUUUAAAAACAUUUGAACUUGAUUUUGACAGAUCACUUCAAAAAAUGAUUUUUCAAAAAAAUGCCCCUAUACCGAGUUUAUAUUUUUUUAUGGUAACUAGGUCUCAUAAACGGAUGAACUACGUUUGUUUUAUAUUUUUGCGAUUUUUUCUAAUUUAGUUAUGGCCAUUUGAAAUCUGGUCAAACCCUAAUAACCCCGUUGACUCGCUCAUAACCCCGCAGAAAUGCUCCAAACCCUAGCGUCGAACGUCCGCCGUCGGAUCCUACCAAGCGCCAAACACCACCCGUCAGAUGUGGGGCAGGCAUGCGCGAUCCGCGUGAUGCAUCCUGAUUGGCUACUGCACUGUCCUUCUCGGGUUUUUACGAUCUGCCCCACUUUACAUAUGAAAUUGUAUUUUUCGCACAUGACCACCACAUGUCAGUGUUAAGAGUUGGUUCAAAUAUUCAAACUACAAAAUACAAUGUGGAAAAUCGUCAAUAUAGCUUCCCCUUCUCCUCUUCUCCAUCUGACAGACAAAGGCAUCGAGCAGAUCGGGCAAUUCCUCUGUUUCUUUCCCCAUCUUCUCGUUCUUCUUCCUCUCGGGCAAUUCCUCUGUUUCUUUCCCCAUCUUCUCGUUCUUCUUCCUCUUGAGCAAUUCCUCUGUUUCUUUCCCCAUCUUCUCGUUCUUCUUCCUCUCGAGCAAUUCCUCUGUUUCUUCCUCUUGGGCGAUAUGUCGACCUCCUCGUCAGCCCCCCGUUCCACGUGGCCGGUGUAUGGUCCAGUGCCGAUGACUCGAUGCACUGACUGCCCACUGACUGCGCCACUAAAGCGGUUGACUUCGAAGGAGGAGAAGAAUGGGAACUUUGGGCGCGAGUUCGUCAAAUGCGAGAGCAAGCCGGAGGGGCAGAUCGUGAAGAAAUGCCACCAUUUCGAGUGGAUGGAUGAUUACAUCCAGAGGCUUCAAGGGUUGGGCUUGCUGGAUUCGAGGGGGAAUGCAAUCCGCGAGUUCAAUCUGCCCCAUGACAGUGCCACUCCGGCAGCAGCAGCGCGUCCGGAAUACCCGACGGUGGUAGAUGUCGAACUGAAGACGGAAUUGAAGAAGAUGAACAAGAACUUCAAGCAGCUGAUUGAGUUGAAGAAGCAAUCCAAUCUGAUAGCUUUAGGAAUACUUGCUCUAGGAAUUUUUUACUUGAUGGCCAUCUCUCGUUAGAGAUGUUUGUCUACUGUUGUUGCCACUGUUUAGCAAUCCAAGUCUGUUUAUCUCAAAUGCAACUCUGUUUAGUGCAACUGUCGAUCUCUGAAUGUAUGCAGUUUACUGUUAAGUUUUGACACUUUCAGUUUCGGCAGAAGACAACUACCAGUUCAGUGAUAGGAUUAUUUUGUUAGCUAAUAACCUCGAGUGUUGGAUCAUACCCUAGCUCGUCAGAUGACAGUAAGCAGUACUUGAGCAGCACAAGGGAUAUACAUCAAGUUCAUCUCUUCUCUCUCGCACUUGCCAAACUUUUGUCCUCGAGUUCGUCAGUUCUGCUAGAAACCUAGUUCGCGGGCCCAAAGAGAAUCAAGCUGCAAUAGGCCCACAAAGGAUAAAUGAGGCCCAGAAACAAGCGAUGUUUCUUUUUUUUGUUUAGGAACGAUUGCUUUGUCCUUUUUUGUUUCU